CAGCUUCCCCUCUCAACACCUCCUUCUAUUCGAAUUCAGAAAUUCUAUAGCGUGCUCACCACCAGCCCGAACCUUGAUUCCCUACAGAUCCUACACCUGGUAUACGAACCCACCACCCACAACAAUGCCCUCUUCCCUCCCCCCCCUCUUCCAACCCACCCUCAUCCUCCACGGCGGCGCCGGCGCCAUCCACCGGUCCACCCUCCCGCCCGACCUCUACGCGCAAUACCACGCCUCGCUCCUCGCGUACCUGCGCUCCACCCGCGCCCUGCUGGAGGACGGCGCCUCGGCCCUCGACGCCGCCGUGCACGCCGUCACCCUGCUAGAGGACGACCCGCUGUUCAACUGCGGCCGCGGCAGCGUCUUCACCGCCGCCGGCACCAUCGAGAUGGAGGCCUCGCUCAUGGUCACCUCGGUGCACGCGGCGCACCCCUCGGAGGGGAUCGUCAAGCGCGGUGUCGGCGUUAUGGGGCUGCGAAAUGUACGGCAUCCGAUUCGGUUGGCGCGGGAGGUUUUGGUUCGGUCGGGGCAGGGGCAGCAGGGCGGUGGGGAUGGGCAUGGGCAUGGGGAUGGGGAUGCGGGUGCAGAUGGGGGUAAGGGCACGGAUGGCGGCAGUAUGCACUCCCAGCUGGUGGCGCCUUAUGUCGAGGAUGUGCUGGCCCGGCAGUGGGGGUUGGAGUUUAUGCCCGAUGAGUGGUUCUUUACGCAGCGGCGGUGGGACGAGCAUCUCCGGGGGUUGCGGGGGGAGGUGGAGACUGUCGCGAUGAGUCAGGGGACCGUCGGCUGUGUUUGUUUGGAUCGUGCGGGUGGGUUGGCGGUUGCUACGAGUACUGGGGGGUUGACGAAUAAGUUGCCGGGGAGGAUUGGGGAUACGCCGACGCUGGGGGCGGGGUUUUGGGCGGAGGCGUGGGAGGAAGUGGAGAGGGUUGGUUUGGGGGAGGCAAUGGGGAUGCGGUAUGGGAGGAUGUGUGGUGGUGGGGGUAUGGUGGACGACGAGGCCGGGGAGAAGGGGGUCUGGGAUCUGACGCUUGGGGAUUGUUUGCCGGGAUUUGUGAGAGAGGGGGCGGAUAGGAUGUAUGAGGCUUUGUGGGGAGAGGAGGAUGGGUUGGCUCGACGGGGUUACGAUGGUGAUGGUGAUGGUGAUGCUGGAACCAAGUCGGAGAAGGAAUGGCUGAUUGCGCCUUCGCACAAGCAGACCCUGAAGGGCAAGAAACGUGCGGUUGCGGUGUCGGGGACGGGCAAUGGGGAUUCGUUCCUUCGCACGGCGGCUGCGAGAACGGCUUGCGCCAUGUCGCGGUUCUCGACGCCGAGUCCCUCGUUGGCCGAGGCUGUCACGGCGGUUGCUGGGCCCGGCGGCGAGCUGCAGCGUUCGGCUGGCGAUCGAUGGGGCUCAACCGGCGAGGGUCAGGGCGGGAUUAUUGGUAUAGAGGCGGAGUUGGAGGAUCCUGUGGUCAUGGAGACUGGUGAUGCUCAAGACAGAACCAAGCUCCGGAAAGGCAAAGUGGUGUUUGAUUUCAAUUGCGGAGGGUUGUGGAGGGCUUGGGUGGAGGAUUCUGGUGAUGGAGAAGAAGUUGAGCGGGUGAUGGUGUUUAGAGAGGAAUAUCAAUAGACAGCCUCGAACAAGAAUCUACCUGGUUUGGCCAAGAA